CCGGGCCCCGCCCCUAACCCCAGGCGGCGGCGGCUGGCGGCUGUGGAGACCGUUGGGCGCGCGGGCGGCGCGGACGCGGGCGGCGGAGCGAGCGGGGCAGCAUUUCUAGAAAACGAUGGCAGCAGCAAGCGUUCUCUGAACUGUGAGGCCCCCGGGGAACUAUGCUCCUGGCCUGGGAGGCGCUGAGAUGUACAGAGCGGGGGACACAGUAGAGCGCCCGCCACCGGGGACGGCACCCCCUCGCCUGAGGAGUGUGGAGGUCGCCAGAGGGAGAGCAGGCUACGGGUUCACCCUUUCCGGCCAGGCGCCCUGCGUGCUCAGCUGUGUCAUGAGAGGGAGCCCCGCUGAUUUUGUGGGCCUCCGCGCCGGAGACCAGAUACUCGCUGUAAAUGAAAUCAACGUGAAGAAAGCGUCGCAUGAGGACGUGGUUAAACUCAUCGGGAAAUGCUCCGGGGUCCUGCACAUGGUGGUGGGCGAAGGCCUCGGUCACCUGGAGUCUUGCUCCAGCGAUGAGGAGGUGGGCUUCUAUGACGGGAAGGGCUGGCGGAAGCCCAGACUCGAUUCCAAAGCGUUGGGCAUCAACAGAGCCGAGAGAGUCGUGGAGGACAUGCAGUCGGGGGGGAUUUUCAGCAUGAUCUUCGAAAACCCUCGUCUGCAUGCAAGCAGCUCAGAGCCCUCGAAACUGAAGCACAGGUCGCUCUCGGAGUCGGCAGCUGCGCGAUUCGACCCGGGGCAGGAAAGUGUAGGCGGCCCGCAGCCCGGCCUGCUUCCCAAGGAGAUCGCACACGUUAUCAACGACGACUCGGUUUUCAGUGUUGGACUAGAGAAUCAGGACGAGUUUGGGUUAGAUGCAAGUAUUUUAAACGUCGCCAUGGUCGUUGGCUAUUUGGGUUCCAUCGAACUUCCUUCCACAAGCUGCAGCCUGGAGGCCGACAGCUUCCAGGCUAUUCGCGGCUGCUUGCGGCGCCUGCGGGCCGAGCAGAAGAUCCACUCCCUGGUGACCAUGAAGAUCAUGCACGAUGGCGUGCAGCUGUGCACUGACAAGGCCGCCGUGCUGGCCGAGUACCCUGCCGAGAAGCUGGCCUUCAGCGCUGUGUGCCCCGACGACCGCCGGUUCUUCGGGCUUGUGACCAUGCAGAACAGCGAUGACGGCAGCCUGGCGCGGGAGGGCGAGGGCGUCUUGCGGACUUCCUGCCACGUGUUCAUGGUGGACCCAGACUUGUUCAAUCACAAGAUCCACCAAGGCAUCGCCCGGCGGUUCGGGUUUGAGUGCACAGCCGACCCUGACACCAAUGGCUGCCUGGAAUUCCCGGCGUCCUCCCUGCCGGUCCUCCAGUUCAUCUCUGUGCUGUACCGGGACAUGGGCGAGCUGAUCGAGGGUGUGCGGGCCCGGGCCUUCGUGGACGGGGAUGCCGAUGCCCACCAGAACACCAGCACCAGCAGCAACAGUGACAGUGGCAUUGGAAAUUUCAACCAGGAGGAGAGAAACAGCCGGGUGCUUGUGGUCGACCUGGGCGCCAGUUCCAGCAGACAUGGCCCCAGCAGCAGCACCUGGGAGGGGGCAGGGGGAAGGGGCUCCCAGCCUUGGGCCACCCCCUGGAAUGGGGCCUUUUGCCACGAUCCUGAGGCAGGGCCCCCAUUUGAAGCUGUUCCACAGGCUGACAGGGGCUGGGACUUUAGUAAGCAUUUGGGGCCCACUUCUCACGUGGAGGUCCCCCCAACCCCCUUGCGGAGUUCGGUCCCGCCUUCCAAGAGAGGCGCUGUGGGCCCUGGCGGUGGGUUCAGCCAGCGGUGGCUUCCGGUUCACGUCCUGCAGGAGUGGCAGUGCGGACACGCCAGUGACCAGGAGUCUUACACGGACUCCACUGACGGGUGGUCCAGCGUCAACUGCGGCACGCUGCCCCCUCCCAUGAGCAAGAUCCCCGCUGACCGCUACCGGCUGGAGGGCAGCCUGGCACAGCCCCUGCUGAGCACCCAGAAGAGGGACUGGUCCAGGAAGGCGUUUGGGAUGCAGAACAUUUUUGGUCCCCAUCGAAACGCUAGGAAGACGAAAGAAGACAAAAAGGGCUCAAAAUUUGGGCGGGGACUUGGUCUCGCUCAGACUUCUCAGCGCACCUCUGUGCGGAGAUCGUUUGGAAGAUCCAAGAGAUUUAGUGUCACUCGCUCCCUUGAUGACCUAGAGUCUGCAACUGUGUCUGACGGCGAGCUGAACGGCGCUGACCUGAAGGACUGCGUGAGCAACCACAGCCUGAGCAGCAAUGCCAGCCUCCCCAGCGUGCAGAGCUGCAGGCGCCUGCGCGAGAGGAGGGUCGCCAGCUGGGCCGUGUCCUUUGAGCGUCUCCUGCAGGACCCCCUGGGUGUGCGGUACUUCUCUGAUUUUCUAAGGAAGGAAUUCAGUGAAGAAAACAUUUUAUUCUGGCAGGCCUGUGAAUACUUUAAUCAUGUGCCCGCACACGACAAAAAAGAGCUCUCCUACAGGGCCCGGGAGAUUUUCAGCACGUUCCUGUGCAGCAAGGCCACCACACCUGUCAACAUUGACAGCCAGGCCCAGCUGGCAGACGACAUUCUCAGCGCCCCACACCCCGACAUGUUCAAGGAGCAGCAGCUCCAGAUUUUCAACCUGAUGAAGUUUGACAGCUACACGCGCUUCCUGAAGUCCCCGCUGUACCAGGAGUGCAUCCUGGCCGAGGUGGAGGGCCGCUCCCUCCCCGACUCCCAGCAGGUGCCCAGCAGCCCGGCCUCCAAGCACAGCGUCAGCUCGGACCACUCCACUGUGUCCACGCCAAAAAAGCUGACUGGGAAAUCGCGGUCAGGACGGUCCCUGAAUGAAGACCUGGACGAGGACAGCGAGCGGAAGCGGAAGGGAGUGUUUUUCUCCUGGUCCAGGACCAGGAGCACCGGGCGGUCCCAGAAGAAGAAGGGCCACGGGGAGCACACAAACGAUGCCCCGCACGCCAAUGGAGGCCUGGGCCGCCGGGAGUCACAGGGCUCCGUGUCCUCCGCCGGGAGCCUGGACCUGUCAGAGGCCUGCAGGACGCUGGCGCCCGAGAGGGACAAAGCCGCCAAGCACUGCUGCAUCCAGCUGCCCGACGGGACGCCCUGCACGGUUCUCGUCAGGGCGGGGCUCCCCAUCAAGGAGGUCCUGGCUGGGCUCUGCGAGCGACACGGCAUCAACGGGGCCGCCGUUGACCUCUUCCUGGUGGGCGGGGACAAGCCCCUGGUGCUGCAUCAGGACAGUAGCAUCUUGGCGUCUAGGGACCUGCGCCUAGAAAAGCGGACUUUGUUUCGGCUGGACCUGGUUCCCAUUAACCGCUCAGUGGGACUCAAGGCCAAGCCCACCAAGCCCGUCACGGAGGUGCUACGGCCUGUGGUGGCCAAGUACGGCCUGCACCUGAGCGAGCUGGUGGCCAGGCUGAGUGGCGAGAGGGAGCCCCUGGACCUCGGCGCCCCCAUAUCGAGCCUGGAUGGACAGCGGGUCAUCUUGGAGGAGAAGGACCCCUCCAGAGGGAAAGAUAAACAGCGAGGAGCGCCGCUCAAACAGACCACGGCCGGCAACGCCAGCUCCAGAAAUUUCUCGGCUACGGGAGAGGAGAGAACACUAGGCAAGUCUAAUUCUAUUAAAAUAAAAGGAGAAAAUGGAAAAAAUGCUAGGGAUCCCCGGCUUUCAAAGAGAGAAGAAUCUAUUGCAAAGAUUGGGAAAAAAAAAUAUCAGAAAAUUAAUUUGGACGAAGCAGAGGCGUUUUUUGAGCUUAUUUCCAAGGCUCAGAGCAACAGGGCUGACGACCAGCGCGGGCUGCUGAGGAAGGAAGACCUGGUACUGCCCGAGUUCCUGCGCUUACCCCCAAGCAGCCCCGAGCCUGGCCUCCCCGGCCAGACCCCCGCGACCAGCCCCGGCCAGGAGAAGGCGCCCUGGCCCCGAGAGCACCCCGCCAGCCCAGCCACCAGCCCCGGCUCUGCUGACAGCCCCCCCUUCUGCACCUCCUCGACCCCCACGACGCCCACGCCCCAUGCGCAGGAAGCAGAGUCCGGGGGCGUCCAGACUGUGGAGGGCGAACACGUGGCCGACCUGAUGCUCACCGGGGAGGGGGACAUCAGCAGCCCCAACAGCACUUUGCUGCCGCCUCCCCCCACCCUGCAGGACCCGGCAGGACCUCCCACUCCAGUUACUGUGGGAUGGUCUACCAGGAGGUGUCAGGCACAGCUGAGGUCGGAGUGUGGUCAGGACGGGUCCCGGAGGCCUCCCGGCAUGUGCCGUGUUCUGUGAGCAGACAGCGGCCUCCUCGCCCCUCGCCCUCUGUCCGGGAUUCCAGAAAAUGUAUGUGUGCCUAAAAUGAGGAGAGCUAGCAUGGUCCGUGUUCGUCUCGAGACUGAAAAAAAAGCAUUUGUCUUGAGGAGUGAGUGACGCCCAGGUGACUUAGGACCACGCUCGGCACAGAGCCAUCACAGGGCGUCGGCCUGGGCCAGGCAGGCUCCGGACCAGGGCUGGGGGUCUCCGCGGGGUGUCCUGACCUCGGGCAGUCACAGGCAUUUCUCUCAACUCCCGGAAGCGUGAGUUUGGUUGUUCACUGAGCUCGGUGACGUACGUACGUACGGCUGGCGGAGGCACUGUCCCAGGAGCCGCAGCUGGAAGUGGAGGCGAGGCUCCUGCCUGCUGCGAGGGGCUUCCAGGAGCCCUCCCACCCGCCCGCACUGGGCACGGCCCCAUGUGCGUCCCCGCUGGGUGGACAGGGCGCCUGCUCGGUGUCCAUGCUAACAGCGGGCUGCCCUGCUCCUGCACACACGACUCUCGGACGCUGUCGGUCCUGAUCCGCUGGCAGGCGAUGGGACGCCCCAGUUCACCCGCCAGGGCAGCCUGGGUCCUGCCGGGACCUGCAGCCGCACCUGGGGGGGCGGUGCGUUGUCCCUGCCUCCUUGGUAGCUUGUGGAGGACUGUGCUGUGGGGACCCGGCGCCUUCCCACUGAGAGCGCCCCCCAGCUCAGGAGCCAGGUGCAUGCUGUCGCCUUCCGCACGUCCUGCGCCCCCCUGCUCCCUGCGUGUCGCCCAUGUCUGGGUCCGUGCUCUUCCAGGAGGAAUAAACCACAGCUCGUGAUUGGACUGGAUCAAAACUU